AAGGCGUCUUUACAUAAUCGUAAGUUUACCAAUGAAGUCCGAUUGGCCGUUCAAAAUGAGAGCUCAUCGAGAAAGAAGAAACCCGUGCGUAACCAAGGACCCGAGCUCGAAAGAAUCGAAGACGAAUUGAUGUGGCUACAACUUAUUGGGAAAUUUCUGAUCGUGCACACUAAAGACGUUGAAGAGACUGCCGAAAUGAUUGGAAUUCUUUCAUCAGACAUAGCAAGAAUUCCAUACAAAAAUCGAAAUGGGAAUUUGGACUUUUGGGUCGAGAAUCGAAUUCGAACUGGUGCAGACUGCAGUGAUACAUGGCUACGUAUGUUGCAAGAGAUUCAGCUCGUGACGCAUCCUGUCGCCAAAGGAGUAGUAAAAUCAUACCCAACCGUCAAAUUGUUAUAUGAUGGGUACAAGAAAUGCGAUACUCGAGAAGAAGCUGAGAAUUUAUUGGCGGACGUUGAGAUUUCAAACACCGGUCUCGGUCAACGGAACAGACAUUUGAACAAAGCCUUGUCAAAGAAGAUCUACGAAAUAUUCAUGGGUAAUGAUCCGAAUGCAAUCGUAUCAUGA